AUGGGUUCAGACGUGCGUGACCUCAACACUCUACUGCCUCCAGUGCCCUCGCUCUCUGCCGGGCCCAACUCCAGCUGCACCGCCCUGCCUGUCACCUCUGCCCCGCAGUGGGCACCUGUGCUGGACUUCCACAGUGCGCCCACCUACAGCUCCCUGGCCCCCCAUUCUUUCAUCAAGCAGGAACCCAGCUGGGGGGCUCCGGACCCCCACGAGGACCCCCACUGUGGCCUCAGCGCCUUCACUGUGCAUUUCUCGGGGCAGUUUACGGGCACCGGGGCCUGUCGCUAUGGGGCGUUUGGAGCCCCGUCGGCCCCCAGCCAGCCCACCCCCACCCACCAGCCCAGGAUGUUCAGCAACGCACCCUACCUGACCAACUGCAUGGACACACAGACGCCCUCCAGAAACCAGGGUUACAGCACCAUGGCUUUCGAUGGCAGUAGCAACUACGGCCACACCCCCACACACCACACCCCCCAGUUCUCCAGCCCGGCCUUCAAACACGAAGACGCCAUCACACAGCAGAGCAGCAUGGCAGAGCAACAGUACAGUGUCCCUCCUCCGGUGUAUGGAUGUCACACCCCAUCAGACACCUGUACAGGCAGCCAAGCUCUUCUACUGAGGAACCCUUAUAACAGUGAUAAUUUAUACCAAAUGGCCUCUCAGCUGGAAUGCGUGGCAUGGAAUCCUGUAAACACGCUGGCUUCUACCAUUAAGAGCUCAGGCCAUGCGGCCGGCUAUGAGAGCGACCCCAACAGCCCCAUGGUGUACAGCUGCAGCACCCAGUACCGCAUCCACACACACGGGGUCUUCAGGGGACUACAGGACGUAAGGAGGGUCCCAGGCAUCACCCCUGCCAUUGUCCGCUCCGAGACCAACGAGAAACGCCCAUUCAUGUGUGCGUACCCCGGGUGUAACAAGCGCUACUUCAAACUGUCCCAUCUGCAGAUGCACGGCAGGAAGCACACAGGAGAGAAACCCUACCCAUGUGACUUCACAGACUGUGGACGUCGCUUCUCCCGAUCAGACCAGCUCAAGAGACACCAACGCAGACACACAGGAGUUAAACCCUUCGAGUGUGAGACGUGUCAGAGAAAGUUCUCUCGUUCUGACCACCUUAAGACCCACACUCGGACUCAUACAGGUAAAACAAGUGAGAAGCCCUUCAACUGCAGGUGGCCUAACUGCCAGAAGAAAUUUGCCAGGUCAGACGAGCUGGUACGACACCACAACAUGCACCAGAGAAACCUGACCAAGCUGCAGCUGGCCAUCUGACUUCUGCAGACACCACAUCACGUCCUGCACGUUCCUUUGGAAUCCAUUUCAGUUCCCCAACGGGGCAACACAUUUGAAUCAACCAGGAUCAAAUUUAGGCCCACUCACACAAAGUUAGACCAUUUGGCAUUUGAGACGUUUAAGUGACGGCUUUCCUCAGACUCUCUCUCUCCCCCCCCCCCUUGCCUCCUCAGCCGGAAAGAGGUCUCAUAUGUCAUGAUAUUUCAAAUGGAAGAAAAUGUGUUUCUUGCUUUGAUGUAGAUAUGGUGUAUUUACUUUGAAACUGUUGUCGUCACUCGUUCAAUUUUUUGACUUUAUUUAUUUUCCUUUUGUUUAUGGAUUAAAAUAUCGUUCACUGGAAUUCUUUUUGGAGGAGGAGGGAUGUGAAUGACGUGUCUGAAGUCUGAGUAACCGUGUUUGUAGGAGGAGCAGUACGCCUACUUAUGUUGCUAAAGUUAUACAGAACGCUUAGAACAGUUAGAAGAACACUUUGUUCCACAUGGAACUCCAUGGUUCAAGAUUUAAAAAAACAAACAAGUUCUAUCAUCAUAAGCUGACGUUUGUACCCUAAACAGUUCUUUCUGACUU